AUGUCGGAGAAAGGUUUGGACAUUAGUGACGUGGUUCUGCUGAUGGAAGGUCUUCUGGACCAGGAAGAACCAGACAAUAAAAGUGAUUUGAAAUUCAAACUUGUGAAAUACUUGAAUGAAUGUUUUUCUUCCUCAUCGUCUGACGCGAGACACGUGAUCCGCAGAGUGGGACUUUCCUCCGCCCUCCUCCGGCAGUCCUCCCUGAAUCGCCUAUAUAACGCGUCUUACUGCGAGGUUCCAGUUAAACCCACUCAGGACCGGUACCAGGCUGGUUCGGAGGUGGGGAUCCUGCUCAGCAUGGACCGGAUCUGCAGGCUGCUGGCGCUGACUGGUCUGGUGGUGCUGCUGCUUCCUGCAGCUGCUGCAGACCUUUCACCUCUAAACUGCAGCGUCAGUCGACUUCCAACCCGUUUCUUCAGGUACCAGCUGUCCCAGUGGACCGCCUCAGAUGACUGCGACACACAGUGGACAGACCAUGACAAGGUUGUGGUCGCCCAGGGUUCUUCCGUCAAUGAAAACCUGGUGGAGAACGUGACUGUCGACCACAUCGACCUGAAGACCUGCUAUCCUCACCUGACGCACAUCACCGAGUGUUGGAAAGUGAAACAAACUUCACCAACAGAGACUAAAUUUGAUCGGUUUGUUGACUGCAGAGUGAACUGCAGCCUCUUGGAGCUCGAUGGCGUUCCUCCACCAACCAAGUUUUGCUUUUCUGAAUCCGUGUGCAUCGACAGUUUCACAGCACGUCUCAUCCUCGGUGUUGCAGUUGCUGUGAUUCUCUUGGGUUUGAUCAUCUGGUUUUCCGUCUACAAAUUCAAACUGGGAAAAUCUACAACUGCAUCAUACAGUCCGCCAAUUCAAAUGCAAACCAAAGGUCAUGUGAUCGAUGGAGUGCCUGUUUCUGUCUGAAGUCAUUUGGCAGCUUCUUCAUGUUUUUGAGCUGAACGUUCAGCUAAACAUCCAGUUAUUUUACAAAGAUCUUCUUUAAGUUCUUUCAAGCCUUUAUGAACCACUAUUAUAGAUUUAUCAGCAUUAAAUUUACGGUUUGUGUUGGUGUGCUGCUGAAGUGUAUUGGGAGAAGAGAUGCUUCCAGUCCUGGAACCAGAAACGUUUCUGUCUG